AUGUCUCCUCCAAUUGCAAUCGACCAUGCAGACGCCCCGAAGUCGUCGCUCAAGACUUCGCAGCAACAACCCGGCCACGCGGUUACUCCAACCCAAUUUGAUCCCGCCAAGCAUUUGGCGUUCUCGCCGCCAUCGACCGUCCUGGGGAUGGAGGACUUGGGUUUGAAACCCACAGCGUUAUCGUCAGUAGCGUCAACGGAACCAUUUCCUCUCCUCUCACACGAGGCAGUCCUCCAGCACCGACGGGAGCUCUUCAGUCAAGAUGUUCUUGACAGCUGUCUUCAUCACACGCGGCCUGGAUCUGUCCAGCUACGCGGGAUGGCGCCGCGCUAUGCCCCCUUCAUCCAUCAAUUCUGGCGCUCGCCCGAGGUGCUCAGGAUCAUCAGCGACAUUGCCGGCGUGGAGCUCGUGCCCGCCCUGGACUAUGAAAUCAGUCAUACAAAUGUCCAACUUGGGCCCAAUGGUCUUGACGAUGUUAGAAAUACACCAGUUGAGCCGCCUGUUGCGACCGAGGAGGCGAUCCGGAAUUUUGAGGAAGAGAAAUCGAAGAAGCAGGAGGUCACCGAUCAGACAAAGCCAAUUAUUGAAUGGCACAAGGACUCGCAUCCGUUCGUCUCCGUUGUCAUGUUGUCGGACGCGAGACACAUGACUGGAGGUGAAACCGAGUUGAUGAAGGGGGACGGAACCACCUUGAAGGUGAAGGCUCCACAGAUGGGCUGCGCCGUGCUCCUCCAAGGACGAUACAUCACCCAUACAGCGGCGCCCGUGACCAACAUGCCCGAACGUGUCACAAUUGUGACCUCGUUCCGACCAAAGGACGCCACUCUUCUAGACGAGACGACAAAUGCUAACGUCAGAAACAAAUCGCAUCUCUCGGAAUUGUACUAUCAGUGGACGACGUACCGUUUAGAUGUGUUGGCUGAACGUGCUCGGAUCGUUGCCGACGCGCUGCGCAAGCGAUACAAAGAGAAUGUCAAGAACUCGGAUCCGGAGGGGAAGAGUGGCCUGUGUCGAGCUGAGACAGUCAAUGUUGCUGAUAUGCGUAAGUGGGCGGAUGAACAGAUCAGAUACAUCCAGCAGACCCUGUACGAGAUGAGACCGCUUGCACAGUAG